GUACAGGUUUUAAAGUCAGAAGUAAAAUAUUUUAGUUCGUAAAGUUUUUGCCUUCUUUGUUUCUUACGCUUCUGAUUGAAACGGGUGAAACAUUUUAUACGGAAUAAAUGUAAACAACUGACCCUGCUCUUCUGCGCGGAUCGCAAACUCAAAUGUCUUUUGUAGUGCCGUAUUUUAAGCCACAAAAAGAUUGGUUUUUUAUGUUAGAGAAAGAGAAUUCCUUUGCAGUUUUUCAUUAUUUUAUUAAAUAAAAUUUCUUCGGGAUAUGGAGGAAAGACUACCUACCAUUUCUUCUGAAAUUCAGCAGUUACUGGAAGUUGAAUCAACUUUGGGUGAAGUAUUCAAGCACUGCGACAAGAUGAAGUCUGACAUUUUAGAAUUUAGCCAAGCAGAUGCUGCCAAAGAAUUAAGAACUUUAAAAGAAAGCAUGAAACACUUAGCUGAACUACAACGCCAAAUUUCUAGUUUAUCAUCUGCUGCUCAAAAAAUUGAAGAACUGGUCACAUCAGAUUGUGAGGAUGAAGAGGAAGUCCUGUCUCAGUUUGAAAGUGUCAUUACGAGUUGUAAAGAAGAGGAAACCAUUGAUGAGUAUGCUGAAAGGGCUAUUGAACAGGUUGAAGAUUACAUUGCAAGAAGUGAAAAUUCAGUUGCAGAAGCUUUGGACGAUGACGUAUUAGUAACUGAAACAACGGACAUUAUUAUUGAUCCUUUGACUAAACUCCAAAUAAAAGAGGCUGUUAAAAGCAGAAUCUGCAAUCACUCAUAUGAUAAAAAUAGCAUAUUAGCAUAUUUAAAGUCAAGAAAAAAUAGGGUAUGAUCACUUGAUGUCACACAUUACGGCUUAUUUUAAAAUUGUUGUAUAUUUCUCAUAUUCGCUUUCCAAAUUUGUAAAUUAUGUAAACAUUUUUAUUGUCUGAAAAUUGUAAAAAUAAACAGAGUUUUGUUAGCA